CGCCGCCGCCGCCGCCGCCGCCGCCGCCGCCGCCGCCGCCGCCGCCGCCGCCGCCGCGGGUCCUGCGCCGCGUCCAGCCCGCCCCGCCCGACCCCGGCCCGACCCCGGCCGGCCCCGCCCGCCCGGCCCCGGGGAGGGAUGCGGCGGCGCGGCGCCCAGGAUGCCCCGCAGCCCCGGGACGCGCCUCAAACCCGCCAAGUACAUCCCGGUGGCCACGGCCGCCGCGCUGCUGGUCGGCUCCAGCACCCUGUUCUUCGUGUUCACGUGCCCAUGGUUGACUCGAGCUGUGUCCCCAGCUGUUCCCGUCUACAAUGGCAUCAUCUUUCUCUUUGUCCUGGCCAACUUCAGCAUGGCCACCUUCAUGGACCCUGGCGUCUUCCCCCGAGCGGAUGAGGACGAGGAUAAGGAGGAUGACUUCCGGGCCCCGCUGUACAAGAAUGUGGAUGUACGGGGCAUCCAGGUCCGAAUGAAGUGGUGUGCAACCUGCCACUUCUACCGUCCACCUCGCUGUUCCCACUGCAGCGUCUGCGACAACUGCGUAGAGGACUUUGACCACCACUGCCCCUGGGUCAACAACUGCAUCGGGCGCCGCAAUUACCGUUACUUCUUCCUGUUCCUGCUGUCGCUCAGUGCACACAUGGUGGGUGUCGUCGCCUUUGGCCUGGUCUAUGUGCUGAACCACGCUGAGGGACUGGGAGCUGCCCACACUACCAUCACCAUGGCCGUCAUGUGUGUGGCUGGCCUCUUCUUCAUCCCUGUCAUCGGCCUCACUGGCUUCCAUGUGGUGCUAGUCACUCGGGGGCGUACCACCAACGAGCAGGUGACGGGGAAGUUCCGUGGGGGAGUGAACCCCUUCACCCGAGGCUGCUAUGGGAAUGUGGAGCACGUGCUGUGCAGCCCUCUGGCACCCCGGUACGUGGUGGAGCCUCCCCGGCUGCCGCUGGCUGCUCGCCUGAAGCCUCCCUUCCUUCGGCCCGAGCUCCUGGAGCGAGCUGCCCCACUCAAGGUCAAGCUUAGUGACAACGGGCUGAAGGCUGGCCUGGGCCGCAGCAAGUCCAAGGGCAGUCUGGACCGGCUGGAUGAGAAGCCGCUGGACCUGGGGCCGCCACUGCCCCCCAAGGUGGAGGCCGGCACGUUCGGAGGCGACCUGCAGACCCCACGCCCAAGCAGUGCUGAGAGCGCCCUGUCGGUGCAGAGGACCAGCCCCCCGACACCUGCCAUGUACAAGUUCCGGCCUGCUUUUCCCUCGGGUCCCAAGGCUCCCUUCUGCGGGCCUGGUGAGCAGGUCCCGGGCCCUGACUCCCUGACACUAGGAGAGGACAGCAUCCACAGCCUGGACUUUGCAUCAGAGCCCAGCCUGGACCUCCCCGACUACACGCCCGGAGGCCUGCACGCAGCCUACCCGCCAUCCCCGCCACUCAGUGCUGCUGAUACCUUUUCGGGUGCCUUGCGCUCCCUGAGCCUCAAGGCAGCAAGCCGGCGGGGCGGGGACCACGUGGCCCUGCAGCCUCUGCGCUCUGAGGGUGGGCCCCCCACACCCCACCGCAGCAUCUUUGCCCCCCACGCGCUGCCCAACCGCAAUGGCAGCUUGUCCUAUGACAGUCUGCUUAACCCUGGAUCUCCCAGUGGCCACACGUGCCCAGCCCACCCCUCGGCUGGCAUGGCCAGCUACCGCUCGCCCUACCUGCACCCGGGGGCAGUGGGUGACCCGCCACGACCCCCGCCCCGUAGCUUUAGCCCGGUGCUGGGUCCCCGGCCACGGGAGCCCUCGCCUGUGCGCUAUGACAACCUGUCCAGGACCAUCAUGGCCUCCAUCCAGGAGCGCAAGGACAGGGAGGAGCGGGAACGGCUGCUGCGCUCUCAGGCCGACUCGCUCUUUGGCGACUCAGGCGUCUAUGAUGCGCCCAGUUCCUACAGCCUGCAGCAGGCCAGUGUGCUGUCCGAGGGCCCCCGGGGCCCUUCCCUGCGCUAUGGCUCCAGAGAUGACCUGGUGGCAGGGCCUGGCUUCGGUGGUGCCCGCAACCCCGCGCUGCAGACUUCACUGUCCUCGCUGUCCAGUGCCGUGAGCCGGGCACCGCGGACCUCCUCCUCCUCCCUGCAGGCUGACCUGGCCAACAACAACGCCCCUGGGCCUCGGCCCGGCAGCGGCUCGCACAGGUCCCCGGUGCGCCAGGGCCCACCCUCCCCACCCAGCACACCCCGCUCACCCUCCUAUGCAGGCCCCAAAGCUGUCGCCUUCAUCCACACGGACCUCCCGGAGUCGCCACCCUCGCUGGCCAUGCAGAGGGACCACCCUCAGCUGAAGACCCCCCCAAGUAAGCUUAACGGGCAGUCCCCGGGCCUGGCCCGCUUGGGGCCUGCUGCUGGCCCCCCAGGGCCCUCCGCCAGCCCUGCCCGGCACACGCUCGUUAAGAAGGUGUCCGGCGUGGGUGGGACCACGUACGAGAUCUCAGUGUGAGGACUGACUGCCAUCCAUCCGCCGUGGAGCCCCGGGGACCAGGACCCCCAGCGGCUGCCCCCCCUCCCGACUUCUCUGCCCUGGGAGAUGAGGAGGCCCAGUCCUGGUGUGGACACGUCAGCAGAAGAGACCACGCCUCCACGAGCCUGUCCCUCUUCCUCCGCCCGUCCAUCCACCCAUCUGCUCUCCAGGGCACAGCUGGGCUGAGGGCCCCCAGGCUGCAGGAUCUGUGUGUUGGUACCCCUGUUCCCACAGGUGGGGGCGGCAAGGUGGUGCGGACUGCAUCUGCACCGACUGCACCCAUGCCCCUGAGGUUGUCCCCAGGCUGGUCCCCACCUACUCCCCUUACAGACGGGUCACUGUGGCCCAGAGAUGGACAGAGAGGCCUGGGUCCCUGGCUGUACUGGACCGAGGCCCCACCGCCCGGCUGCUCCUAACUCGUUGCCUUUCAGGGACCUGCUGGAAGCUUGUAGCUUGGCAAGGCCAGUUCUUCUUCGGGGAGUCCAGCCCCGGCCUCCAGGCACCCAGCUCUGGGACUGCUCUGGGUUCUGACAGACAGGUGGACGAUGGACAGACAGACAGCCAGCUGUGGGUGGGGUCUCGGCUCCGUGUGUCCUGUCUCACCCAGCUGGUGGGUGCGUCCCCGUGUCUGUGCGCUGCGCUGCCAUGCCACGUCCCAUGUGUUAACGCUCGGGCCCCCGCUGCUCCCACUGCCGGGAAACUCGCUUUCAUUGAAGCCUUAACCUCUGCUUUAUGCUCUUGUGGGAGGCGACUGGGGGCAGGUGGGAGCAGACACGGGCCGGACGCUGCUACAAGGUGCCCAUGAGACCAGGAGUCCCCUCCCUGCCAAACUGGAGAUUCCCCACCCCAUGGCAUGCAAAGUCUGGGCCCUACUGGAGCCUUGGCGUCCUUGUGGGAAGCACAUCGGGGAGGGGGUCAGAGUUUUGCCUGGCGCCAGGGACCCGAGAGUAAGCACACGGCAGCGUCCGCUUGCGUUGUGUCUGUUUUAUGUUUUUAUAUCUACAUCUAUAUAUCUAUAAUUUUAUUAAAAAAAGAAAAAGAGUCA